CACAGCGGUGGGAGCAAAGUCGCAGACGCACAGAGAGAGCAACUGUCCGCUGCAGGAGCGGUGAGCGUGUCCAAUGCGCACAAAUUAAACCAUCUGUGUGACUGCCAGGGUUUCCCCUCCGGUCCUGUUGGAUUUACUGUGACAUCUGCUGCAGCUGCAAGGAGAUAGACUGGAGGCGGUAAAGCCACUGCCGCAUGAAGGGCAGGAGCGGAGGUCUGAUUCAGCGGAGUCAGGGAGGCGUACUGUAGGAACCCCGUCCGGACACCGGGACCUCGCCCGGCCCCACCGCUGCGCUGAAGAUCAGCGAUGGUCAUAGAUGCCAACCAGAGAUGCCAAACAAAGAACCAUCUGGUGAAGAGUGAAUGAAAGAAGGACAGAGGAAGGAAAACCACAAGACAAGUGGACGGCAAAGCACAAGAAAAACAAAUCCAAACACAGGAUAACAAAAGUAAACUGAUGGAGUAAAAGAAAGGAGGGAUGUGAGGAGCUCCAUGAAAGAGGAGAAACCGAGUUGAGAUAGAUGCAAAUAGGAAGUGUUAGCAAGAGGAAACCCACACGAAGCCUGGGAAGAGACAAACAGGAUUGAAACUGGAAGCUUUGGAAAGGUAGGAAGAGAACGCCAAAGACCGGUCGGGGGAGGACAGAGACAUCUGGAUGGUCUCCACAGUGACAGCCAGCAGGUUACCCUCCCUCCAAAGAUGGCCUCCAACUUCAACGACAUUGUCAAACAGGGCUAUGUACGCAUGCGCAGCCGCAAGCUGGGGAUCUAUCGGCGUUGUUGGCUGGUUUUUAAGAAGUCAUCCAGUAAAGGACCCCGUCGUCUGGAGAAAUACCCUGAUGAGAAGUCUGCCUACAUCAGAGCCUGUCCUAAGGUGACAGAAAUUAGCAAUGUCAAGAAUGUCACGCGGCUGCCUCGGGACACCAAGCGACAGGCUGUGGCCAUUGUGUUUACAGAUGACACCUCACGCACCUUCACCUGUGAAUCAGAGCUGGAGGCAGAGGACUGGUUCAAGACACUUUCAAUUGAGUGUCUGGGAACACGGCUCAACGACAUCAGUAUGGGAGAGCCUGACCUGCUGGCUGCUGGGGUGCAGUGCGAACACACAGAGCGCUUCAAUGUCUUCCUCCUCCCUUGUCCCAACCUGGACAUUUAUGGAGAGUGUAUGAUGCAGAUCACCCAUGAGAACAUUUACCUGUGGGACAUUCACAACCCUCGCACCAAGCUGGUCACCUGGCCGCUCUGCUCCCUGCGGCGCUACGGACGGGAUGCCACCCGCUUCACCUUUGAAGCUGGACGGAUGUGUGACAGCGGUGAGGGCCUCUACACCUUCCAGACCAGAGAGGGAGAGCAGAUCUACCAGAGGGUUCACUCCUCUACACUGGCCAUCGCUGAGCAGCACAAGAAGGUCUUGCUGGAGAUGGAGAAAAACAGCAGGUUGAUGUCUAAGGGUUCAGAGCCUGGCUCCUACCCUUGCACCCCCACCGCCAUUCUGCCCCGAUCUGCUUACUGGCACCACAUCACUGGAAACCAGACUGGCCUGGAUCCUGGAAACGGUGAUGCUGCAGAUGAUGACCUUAUGUCCACCCACCUGCCUCCCAACCGCCAUGCCACACUGCCCAUGGCAAACACACAUGCACAGUCCCAACCGCACAUACAUGCACAGUCCCCGACACACUAUCCCACCUACCCUGGACAGUGACACACACACACAGAAAAGAUGUGGACCCUGUAAAGGAUACAUACACACAUGCAGGCACCCGCAAUGCACACACACUGACAGAAAGACACAUCUGUGUUACAGCCCAACAUCACACCUCACAUGUUGGAGGUCAACUAACUGGCCAACAGGACUGCACAUGGACUGGGCUUCCUGACAUGACUGCGGCUCCCACAGAACCACAGGAGACAGGGGGUAUUUGGCGUUACUCCUCACCCAGGCUUAGGAAGCCUGGCUGACAAAUCAGCUUAUAUUGCCUACUAUGUAUAGAAAGGACUCUCAGGAUGCUUUAACCCACCUAGGCUGUAUUACCCGAUGUCCAGCAACAGUAUAUCUAAAGACAGAAAUGUUUAUACCUGUUUCAAAUGGUCACUCUCAAAGGUAGGGUGAAAAGCCUUUGUGAGAACUUUGUGGUGAGUAUUUUUUACUAAAUUUAUACCAGCAGUUGUUAUUGAAAUUAUGGUUUAAAGAGACAUCUGGCAACAUGAGAUACAACACUGUGAAGUAGAAAAACACAGCAAUCGCUUCCAUUACUUAAUGCUGGUCACUCAGCAAGACACCUGCCCAGGUCUCCACUGGUUCUCCUCAGACCACAGCUCAGUGUCUCAUCUUCAUUAUUGUCAAAUUAAUUCAGGGGUCUGCCUGAGAUUGGCAGCUUCCCCUUAAAUGAUAACAUAUACAGUGACUACAGAGAUAUGAAAAUAGAAAAAAAUUAUAAUAUGUGUAUUAUUAUAUCUGAUAUUUUAAAAAACUGUCCAUAAUGUUAAUGCAUUAUUCAUUUAUUAUUGGAAACUUUCUAUCAGUGUAGAAUUCCUGUCAGUUGUCAAGUGUAAAACCUAGUGCAUGAUUCGUCACAUAAAGUGUACAAAGACCUGGCACAGGCUUUUAACUCCACCUUUGAAUGUGCUCACCCAAACAGGUACAAACACUUUUGCAGUGUGUUGGGUAACACAUCAUAGUUUGUCACGUUUGUCUGAAGCAUAUCAGGUCUUUGCAGACAAACCCACCCUGUUAAUGAAGUAGCUGUAUCUGGCUAGAUUUGGUGAUAUUUUAGUGCACAAUCUACGAAAUACCAAAUUUUGGUCAAAUCUUUACAUUUGUGUGUACGGGAGGACUAGCAAUGCUGGAUUGGAUGUUCUGGCUUGAGUUUCUCACCCCAAGAGUUACAUAAGAUCCAAAAGUCGUUGCGAUGGGAUUAAUGUCAAUAAGGCCCAGUGUUGCAGAUUAAAUACAUGAAGCAGGACUUCACGGUGCCUUAAUAGCACCACGUGGACUGUGCUGUCAUUGGCAAUGCACUGACACUCAGAAUUCCCAUGUGAAAACUCCAGUGUACCAUUGCCAGCUGACUUACACAGGACACAUAAUUACACUGUAUGUCCAUAUCUAGACAGAUGCCUUUGAUUUUGCUGAUGUAAACUGAUGUAACUUUGCAGGUACUGGAUGCGUUGGGUACGCUGAGGUUCUGAGCUGCGGAAUGAAACUGUGACCGAAUCUACUUUUAUGGACUGGGUCCUGUAUUAACUUCAGACUUUCUCUUACACCUCCAUGCUUCUAUUGAACUAUUCUGAGCACAAUGUUGUUAUUUUAUUAGGUUAUGAAAUGGCUUAGGAGUGGGAGAGGCUUCCAGAGUUCAAUAGACAGGGAUUUUUGAAAGCCAGUACUGAUCCUGGUACUUUUGGAUUCAAUCUGCCAAUAAGUGUUCAGCGUCUUUAUAUUGCCAGAUAUAAUUAGUCCCUAACCGUUUACUUUUUACUAUAGUGACAAAAACAUGAAGACUAAAAUGGGGAGACUUUACACAAACACAGGAGAAAACCAAAAAACAGCUUCAAACAAUGGUGUGCGCAGACUCUUCCAGGGCCAAGAUGGAAGUGAAACAAGGGGCAUCUCUUUCUCUCAUAGGGUUAAGGUCUGAGCAGCACUUGAACUAGAGGGGCACUCACAGUCAGGACGGCACCUAGAUGAAUGGAGAUGGACAUUACUUUCAGAAAUCACCUCAUCUUGAGAUAAUUCUAGUUUAUUACAGCCCAGACUUUUGACCACCGAUUAGUAAUAACACCACUGUUAUUACAGCAACAUUGCUCAAAAGAAGCUGGACAGUGCAACAAACACAAAAUGUCAAAUGAUCCAACAAACCUUCUAAAAUUAUUUGUUAGAGAAAAUGAAGAUGCAGCAAAAUUAUUAUCUAAACUGUCCAAUUUUGACUUUGGGGCUGGCUUUAACUGUUACAGUCCUGACAGAGGAUCAAGUUUGGGGCUUGGGUCUGGGUCGGUUAUUUUCAAAUGACAUUUUUUUGCAUAUUUGUGUCUUUUUCUUUCUGACUGUGAAUUGUCAGCGAAGAGCCAGCAGUGGAUGAAAUAAAGCAAAAAUGUAGCUUUGGGUCUUGGGUUGGGUUGGGGUCUCAAAUUUGGUACUACCAGGUUCGGUCAGUAUGACACAAUAAGGCCUCAGUGAUGGUCUCAGUUUUGGGCUCAGUCAUAACUCCACAGUAAUUCUCCUGCCAAAUGAG